AUGUCUGAUGACGGAACUAGACGUAUCUUAGUAGCAAUAGCUGCUACAGGUGCCGUCAUCGCUGCUUCUUACGGUUUCGCUCGCUUUUACUAUGCAGACCACGCUUUGGGAACUCGAAACCGCAAAAACGACAAAACGGUGACGAUGGUACCUGGUGCAGUCCCAAUAUGGGGACAUUUUCCCGUGCAGAUCAACACAUUUAACAAGAGAUUGGAAUGGAGAUACGAACUGUACAAGGAUUUUGGGUUGAAGCCCCUUUACGUCAAUUCUCCAAAUCGAAGUGCUAUUAUCACUUUCGACUGGCGGGAUGUUGAGCAUGUGAUGAAGGAUCCGUACAAGUACAUAAAAGGACCGGGCGGAUCUAUAUUAUUUUAUGAAUUCCUUGGUCAUGGCAUCUUUACUUCUGAUGGUGACGCCUGGAAGGUGCAACGAAAGACUGCUUCAAAUUUAUUCAACAUCAAGAACUUCAGAGACGAAUUCUGUCCUAUCUUCGAAGAGGAAUCCAAACUACUUACGCAACAUGUCGAGAAUGCAAGACAGGCUGGUGCCAUUUUGGAUUUACAAGAUCUGUUAUUGAAGUCUACAAUUGAUUCCUUUGCGCUAUUGGCAAUGGGAGCUUCUGUUGGAGCUAUGAAAGUCACGGGAGAAGUGAAGGAUGGAAUCUACUCACUUCCCGAAGUCGAUUUCAUGACUGCGUUUGACAAAUUGAAUGAACUAUGUAUCGGUCGCAUCUUUACGCCAAUGUGGAAGAUCACCCAACGCAUCAACGGCGGAUACAACACCAUUCAAGGGUACAAGAAGACUGUUGAUGAUUUCUGCUUACGAGUCCUUGCUGAAAAGAAGGCACAGCGAAGUCAGCCUACACAGACUAAACGAAGAAUGGACUUGUUGGAUCUGUUUUUGGAAAAUGUGCAAGCGGAUGGUGCUGAUCUGAGUGAUGAGUAUCUGAGAGAUGUUAUUAUGAACUUCAUCAUCGCAGGCCGUGACACUACAGCCCAAACGCUCUCAUGGGCAUUCUGGAGACUCGCUCAAUCUCCCGAAACCAUGAAAACACUACGAGAGGAAGUUCGUCAAGUGCUUGGGGACGGGCCGUGUACUUAUGAGCACUUGAAGGAUUUGAAGUUUGCUAAUGCUGUUUUCCUUGAAGCGUUAAGAUUGGAUUGCAAUGUGCCCACAGCGCGACGUAUGGCUACGGAAGAUGAUUACUUGCCUUCUGGUGCUAAAGUGUAUAAGGGUGAUUUCAUUGAAUGGAGUUCGUAUGUUAUGGGGAAGGAGACAGAGUUGUGGGGCGAUGAUGCUUUGGAAUUCAAGCCUUCUAGAUGGAUUGAUCAGGAAGGUCGACUCGUCAAGAUCAAUCAGUUCAAGUAUCCAGUAUUCAACUGUGGACCACGAAUUUGUCUUGGCAUGAACAUGGCGCAACAAGAAGGCAUGAUAUUCAUGUGUGCCAUUGUUCAAAGAUAUAAUCUUGAGCUGGUCGGUGAAGAUGAUCCAAAGAAAUGGGGUGUCUGGAGUGAAGAUCCAGCCAAGAGACAAGGCCGAUAUAACGUUGCUGCAUCACUUGGAAUGCGCCAUGCAGUGCACUUCAAAGUCAACUUGUGGAAGGAUUGA